AUGAGCACGAAAGUCAAUGGCACAAAUCAGUAUAAAUUAACAUAUCAAGUUGGCGUAGCCGAGAAUAAAAACUCCAAGUUCCGAAAGGCUAUGGAAGACGUACACACCUAUGUCAAGAAUUUUGCAUCUCGUCUGGACUGGGGAUAUUUUGCCGUCUUCGAUGGACACGCAGGUUCACAGGCUUCAAAGUGGUGUGGAUCCCAUUUACAUACCAUUGUGGAACAGAUGUUACUUGAGGAUGAAAACUCCGACGUAAGAGAUAUACUAAACAGGUCAUUUGUUCUAUCCGAUGAACAAAUAAACUCGAAAUUACCGGGAAACAGUGGUUGCACAGCUGCCGUUGGUAUCUUACGAUGGGAACUGCCUAGUGACAGUGCGAAUCAAGUUUCCGAUUUAAGUCAGCAUAGAAGAAAGCUGUACACAGCGAACGUCGGAGAUUCACGCAUUGUGCUGUUUAGGAAGGGGCACAGUAUAAGAUUAACUUAUGACCACAAGGCAUCUGAUAUACUCGAGAUGCAAAGAGUAGAGCACGCUGGUGGGUUGAUUAUGAAGAGCCGAGUGAACGGGAUGCUGGCAGUAACCAGAUCCCUUGGGGAUAAAUUUUUCGACGGACUUGUUGUGGGAAAUCCUUUUACGACGAGUGUAGAGAUAACACCAGAAGAUGAGUUCUUGAUUUUAGCAUGUGAUGGAUUGUGGGAUGUUAUUGACGACCAGGAAGCCUGUGAGAUUAUAAGAGAUAUAAAAGAUCCAAAUGAAGCUGCCAAGACUCUCGUGCGGUAUGCUUUGGAAAACGGUACCACUGAUAACGUUACCGCAAUGGUGGUUCAUCUAUGA